AUGGACGUACAGGAGCUGAAGGUGGAAGGUGCGGAUACGAAGCGGUUCGUGUUGGUUCAUGGAGGAGGAUUUGGAGCAUGGUGUUGGUACAAAACCAUAACGCUCUUAGAGAAACAUGGCUUCCAAGUCGACGCCGUUGACUUGACCGGUUCUGGUGUCAGCUCCUUCGACACCAACAACAUCACCAGCCUAGCUCAGUAUGUCAAACCUCUCCUCCACUUCUUCGACACCCUGAAACCCACAGAAAAGGUGAUUUUAGUGGGACAUGAUUUUGGAGGAGCAUGCAUGUCUUAUGCCAUGGAGAUGUUCCCUUCUAAGAUCUCUAAGGCUGUUUUCAUCUCUGCUGCUAUGUUGGCUAAUGGCCAAAGCACCCUUGAUCUUUUCAAUCAACAGCCUGAAUCAAGUUAUGAGUAUGAUCUAAUGGAACAAGUCCAUCUAUUUCUAUACGCCAACGGCAAAAAGAACCCACCAACAGCCGUUGAUUUCGACAGAUCUUUGCUUAGAGAUUUCUUCUUUAAUCAGAGCCCUCCAAAGGAUGUUGCAUUGGCGUCGGUAUCCAUGAGACCGAUCCCAUUUGCGCCAGUGGUGGAGAAGCUACACGUGUCAGAGAAGAAUUACGGUUCAAUCCGACGGUUCUACAUCAAAACCAUGGAAGAUGAUUACGCUGUACCGGUUUGUCUACAAGAGGCUAUGAUCAAAUCAAACCCUCCUGAACAAGUAUUCCAGCUCAAAGGCUCUGAUCACGCUCCCUUUUUCUCUCGUCCUCAGUCCUUGAAUCGAAUACUCGUCGAGAUUUCUCAAAUACCUUCCAAGAAAUCUUCAUAAACAUGUUACCGGUUAUGUCAAAACCAAACCGUACCGGACAUAGGAUCCCGUAUACUUAAAGGUAGAGAUUGUCGGAUUUGACUUUUUGGAGUUUGCCGCAGAGAUAUAAAAUCCC